GUCUAUCAUACGACCAGUGGAUAUGAAACAAUUAAGGAAUAUAUGCCAGCAGAAGAGGGAGAAAGUAAUGAAUUAAGUACAGAAAGUGAAGAAAAUGCGAAAGAUGAUGAAAGUGAUCAUGAAUGCGAGUAUUGUGAACACUACAAAGCCGAAAAAGGAAAUUAUGUCAAU